CCUCUCGCGUUUUUGGCGGCGGCGGCUCCCCACGCGCUCCUCUUCCCCGCGUUCUCACCAAGUCUCGCCAGGCCACCGGCGGAUCAGAGUCUCUCCAAUACAUGGCGUCUCUCCCUGCGAAGAAACCCUAGAUGUGGCGGCGGUCUAUGCCCGCCAUGGCCAUUGGCGGAUGGAGCUCUAGAUCGACGGCAACGGCAAUGGCGGCCGGACAGGGAAGAAGGACGCGACCGAACCUAGAGAACGACCGGCAGAGAGAACAUGCUCCAUCCCAUGACCCGCGCCGCUGCUCCAACCACUGCUUCGGCAGCUGCUGCUGGUCCAUCUACUUGACCGGGCCGCUGCAGUUCCAACCCAUGAAAACAGUUACGGCGAAGUCAAAGAAUAAGGAGAAAGAAAAAUCAGAGAAGGAGGCAUCAUUGCAGGUGGAGCAAGGAGGACAAUCAACAGAUCUAGCAUUUAUUUUGCUCAAGCUACAUGUUAUUGUUAUAAUAAACAGUGUGUGCCUUCAUUCAACAUGCUAUCAUGGAGCUCUUAUUGGGCAUGUUGCAACUAGAUGAUGACAAAUUGGAUCCUGCUCAAGAACACCCCAUUGUAUAGAGGUUUUUUCACGGCAAGAUCAUUUGUGUAUUUUGAAAUGCUUGGUCAUGACCUGUAAGC